AUGGACCCGUGGGAGAAGUCGUCGACGGUAGACCCGGAAGUGCGAGCAUACGUCACUUCACUCGUCAAUGCCGUCGGUGGUCGCUCGACGUACGAUGAUUCCUACUCGGUGGGAGACGAUGCGAUUGCCGUGCUCAAGGACUUGCAACGAUGGCUACGCCUCUACGACGAGAAGACGAACAGACUGGACGUGAAGCGAUGCUUGGCAGAGGCGAAUCUGGUGAAAGGAGAUUUGCUGGAGAUACUCGCGUUAUGGCCAGAAGAUGCACAGGACAACAAACACAAGUCGAAGCUGGCGUUGGCAUGUCUGGAACUGCUGGUACCGCUGACAUGGCCAAUCGCGCUGGAGGACGAGAAGGCGACAGUCAACCACCACAGACAUGUCCCAUACCUCUCAUUGGCGCAAGUGGGCUACAAGCGUGCAGUGCUGCACUUCGAGUUUGCCAAGAUCUUGCGGACAGCCGUACGAGUAGGCCUUGCCCCGAUGGCAACACCCAGACGAGAGCGUAGCAGAAGAGACGAAGGUAUCCUCAAGCUGGUCAUGUACUUCUUCCGCAACAUUGCCAUGAUCACGCAGCCGCAACAUCUACCAUCUCAAGGCGACGAGAACGAGAUCAGCAGGUCUUCCACAAUCGAAGCGUUCCAUGAGCAAGAUGUCUUCAGUGCACUGCUUACAUUGGGAUCUGGCAUGGGUGACGAAUUUCAAGAGCAGGAUGUCAUCUUGUUGGAGAUCCUGUUCCACCUGCUGAAGGGAGUCGAUGCGAGGAAGCUAUUCAUGAAGAAGGAACAAGUCACAACCGAGGCGACAACCGAAUUGGAGAACCUGAUGCGGAAAGAGAAGGCUAUGAUCAACAGCUACAACAAGCAUGCGCCGACGAGACACAAUCGCUUUGGUACCAUGAUCUGGGUGAAGCGGGAUGAGAUGAAGAUGUCGACCGUGUCGGGACAGACCAGUAUCACAGAUGAGAACACGACUUUGCAGCAGAUGGACUCCAGCAAAAAAUGGAACAAGCCACAAUACCGAGGAAUGCUCGCACAAGAGUUUGACGAGAACUCAGACUUCGGCGCAUCUGUCGACCUGACUGAGAACGCAAGGGAGCACCUGCGAAAGUUCGUGGAGGACUUCCUCGACUCUUCCUUCAACCCGCUCUUUGUGAGCCUGCGAAAGGCCAUUGAACGUGAGGCAGACCGUGUACUGUCGAGUAUGCACAACAAGCAGUACUUCUUCCUGAUAUCCUGGUUUCUGUCUGCGGAGGCUGCACGCCGUGAUACCUCUAGGAGAGACAGCACCUGGAAUGCAGACCGCGCUACUCAGACCAAUCCAGAAGACAACACAUUCGCAUACAUUGCUGCUGUCUUGGAUCAGGAGACGUUCGUUCUGCUGAAUAGGCAGAUGCAGAACGCUUUCGACAACAAGAGCUGGCAAGAUCUACGGGCUACUCUGCUAUGUUUCACUCAAAUCCUGCUCACUGUGCAAAAUAUGUCCGAAAGCAAAGACGAGGAAGAUUUGGAGAUUGCGGAGAACAUACAAAAUCGAAUCUUCUACGAGGAAGCCACCCACGAUCGGAUCGUACAGAUCCUUCGUGGCUACACACAUCAAGGUUUCGCAUAUCUCGACGCCGUGACAGAAUGCGUACAUGUCUUCGUACGCAUGCUGGAGCGAUAUGCGAAGCAGAACGUUGACAUGCAGAUCCGAUCGAAGCGACGAGCGAGAAAGAAGCAGAAGCAGACCAGCACUACUGAGGGUGGAGCAGAAGGGGAGCCAGAAGAUGCCGCUGAAGACGAGCGUGAUGCACAUCGAACGGUCUCGGAACGCAAGUUCGACUUCGCACGCUUCUCGACCAAGUUUCUCUCUCAGCAGUGUGUGAACACUUUCAUCUCGUUGACGCACUUCUACCGCGACCUGUCGCCGGUCCAGUUGAAGCGAGCACAUCGGUUCUUCUACCGUCUGGCCUUCAAGCACGAAUUGGGGGUGCUCUUGUUCAGAGCAGACAUCUUAGCACUGUUUCAGAAGAUGAUCAAAGGCCCAGAAGGUCUCGACUCGGCGAUGGAUGGCUUCAAAGACUGGGAGCAGCUUGUACAGCAAGUCUUCAGGCGGUGUAUCAAGUGGAUGGAACGUGAGACCGAGGGUGAAGGCUGGAAACAAGCGGCUGUGGUCGAGAUGCUCUUCAGCAAGAUCCCGGGCACGAUGUUCUACCUGCAGAAUGGCUUCGAAAGGGUCGUCGAGAAGAGAGCGCCACGACCACCUGCUGAGCUGGAGAUCAAAGGGACCGUGGCAGAAGAGCAGAGAGUCGGUGUGGCGGUCUCGAUUAUGAUUGAACAAGCAAAGGCAGACAGUGUCACAUGGGUCAAGAAGCUGCUGGACGACGCUGCAAGAGAACGGCAAGCUUGGGAAGAAGGGCAAGCUGUCCACCUGGGCAUGAUGGACGAGGGCGAGGAUGGAGCAGCAAUCCAGCCAGCCUCCUGUCCGUCGAUAUUCCUUGUGCCAGACACAGAUGAGCGCAAGAUGGCUCUGUUCAAGGACAAGCAUCUACGACUUCUGCUCACGACACUCGGCUUCCAGCGUCUUGGACUUGCGGAGGAUGUCGACGCCAGCUGGAUCAUACCUUCCGAGCUAACUUCGUCACAACUCACAGAAGCACUCGACCAGAUCCGGAAAGCGGAAUUCGAUCCGCCUACAUUCGAAGACGACAAGAAGGCUGAGGACUUUAUACGCUCGAAAGCGAAGCGACCAACGUUCGAUGACAACGACUCCGACUCUGAUGGCGCUGCUGGCAGUGGUGGUGAAUUGGACGAAGCAAUGUUCCCGCCGAACCUCAAAGAGAAGCGCAAGAAGCGGGCUGAAGGCGAUGAAGAGCGGCCAAAGAAGAGGCGAAGGCGAGAUCCCAUCGCGAUCGAGCUCACGGAGGAGGAGCUCAGUGCUAAGCGUAAAGCGAAGGAGAAGAAAGAUCGGGAGAAGAACGCCAAGAUCAAGUCGAACCUCUACGUCACCGCGGAAGACGACGAGAGCGACGAAGAAGCUGAUGCAGAGUUCUUCAGACAGGAGGAAGAGAGACGGAAGAAGACAGAUGGUGUCAUCCGUGGGGCUUUGUUGAAGCAGAUGGAGGAGGCGGAGACGGAAGUCGUAACUGGAAAGAAGGGCAAGAAGAAGAGCGCUGCGAAAGCAAAGGCUUUGAACGCUAAAGCCGCAUUAAAGAGCGUCAGGAAGCCUGCGAAGAAGAGAAGGAAAGCCAACGACCGAGACUCCGACGAAGACCAAAUCAUGAUCGAUGCCGGUGACGAGUCAGAUUCCGAAACAGCGUCACCCAGCACAUCUACUAGAGCCGCGCCCAUCGAACUAUCGGACAACGAUCCCUCAUCAUCAGAAUUGGAAGACAAUGAGAGCGACAAGGCGGCGGACAGUGACGCUGAGGCAGAGAAGGAAAAGGAAACUCCAUCGACAUCACCCACUCCUGCAAAGAAAGCGCCAUCCUCGCAGCCUUUGAAAGAAGUGUCGGCGAAUGCAGGCACGACGAAGAUUGUGGACAGCGAUAGUGAAGACGACAUGCCUGUGAGCAAACCUGCGGCGAUGAGGAGGAAUGUGAGGGCUGGGUUUAUUAUUGAUGAUAGUGAUGAUGAAUAG